ACCUCACAAUUCCCCAGACGAAUAAACAAAGCAGACAGUUUGUCUCUGAACAAAAUAUUUUUUGCUUUUUCAUGUGAUAUCAGUAUUGAAAAUACAUUUUAUAGUGAAGAUAUAUAACUGGAAAGAUGUCUUCUUCAAUAGUAAGGAAAGCGUUGCAACUUGUAGACGAAGAUAGCCACCCCAAAACGAAGAAACAUAAAAAAGAAUUGAAAGCUAAAGAUAUCCUGGGUGGAGGUAAGCUGAAGAACGUUCACAGUACCAAGAAACUCACCGUCACCGAGCUUCGAAAAUCCAUGAAACCGAAGGAGGAAAUCUACAGGAAGAACUUGGAGAAACUGGAAAGGAUCAAAACUAUCACCACCGUCCAGCUCAAUGAAGAAUCCUUGAACAAAAUAAUAGAAAGGGGAGUUUCUCGAAGACCGAUAUCUGGCAAACCGAAAAUAAAGAAUAAAAAGGAAAAGGAGACUGUGUUCACGGAGGAAGACUUCAAGAAGUUUGAGGAAGAAUAUACCGGGGAAUAACGGAAAGAAUUGGUUAAAGUUAGGAAAUUGUGUUUUCACAAAUACUUGUACAUAGACAUUGCCCGAGGUUUCAGGAUUAAUGAAUUAAAAAUUGCAUACGAACAGGAAAGUAAAGUAAUGCAUAUGUACAUUUAAUAAAUAAAUAAAUAAAAGUUAAUGUUACAUCC